AUGUGGCGCUGGACUCGGACCCUCGGCGUCUCUGCUUUGCUGACUGUCGGAUCGAUCGCCCACAGCUCUUCAGUCCCCAAGACGUCAAGCGGAACUCUCAACACCCUGACUACGAGCUGCAGUGGCGGCUGUAGCAGCAGCACUGGAGCUUGUGUCGUCGUGGGCCAAUCCUCGACUCGGUUCAUCAACUGCGUCAAUGACACCAACUGCGUCACGCUGUCGUCCGGACAGUCAGCGCUCUGUCUUGACGCCUUUGGUUCGACCGCUACCGAGUGGGUCUUCCAACCUACCGAGAGCAACGACAGUGCAGGCGCCGGACCUUUUGAACGGGUCGGGCUCUUGCAACUAGCUGGCCACGUUACUGACCUGACCUUCAGCAGAGCAGAAGAGCGGAGUGAAAGGCUGUCCGAGGCGUUGGAACUCGCGUCGAUGAAUAUUCAGUCGGAGGUGACGCUGGACAAAGUGACGUUUGGGAACUUGAGUCUGUCCGGACUGGAGAGUGCAUUGCCGCUGAAUGGCAUCAAACGAAUCUGCAUCAACAAUUGCUCGUUGCGUGAGAUCCCCGCGUCUGCACUUGCUGGCGAUUCCGUCAGUGUCAUUGACUUGUCUCGUAAUGACAUCUCCAUCGUCGGUACUGACUUUCAAGAUGUGUCGUUUCCAAACCUAACUUUGCUUGACCUGUCAUCAAACGCUCUGACGCAGUUUGAGCUUACGGGGGAUAACUUUCCUGCGAUCACGACGCUAUAUCUCCAUAAGAACUCACUGAAGACGAUUCCUGACGCCGUUUUUAAGCUUCCCACUCUGCAGUUUCUGACGCUGACUGGAAAUCCCGUCAAUGCGCCGAAUCUGACAGUGCAACAACUCACCUUCCUCGCAAAUUUACGCACGUUUACAAUUGACGGCAUCACGAACACAAGCGCAUGCCCGAGUUUCGCAGUCCAGCGUGCACUAAACAGUUCCUUCGCGUUUUGCAAAAAACGGAGUGAAAACGUCGAGCCUUCGACGACUACAGCAUCUGAACAACCCGUGGCAGCAGUACUUGCAUUCACCGAUGACGACUCUUCAUCUAGCACGAAGUGGAUCAUUCUGGGUGCGUGCUUGGGUGCUGUGGUGUUGCUGCUGCUUAUCGCUCUCGCUUGGUGGGGCUACCGUCGACGAAGAGAUGAGCAUCUCAAGCACAGGAAUCGUACUAUUCCGUCACCUGCCCUCGGUAUGGGUAACCUGAUGGACCACCCGUACAUGGAGCUAGGUGUACCUCGUUCGAGAAAUCUCUCCAGCCAGACAACAUCAGAUUUUGAAUUGCUCGCAUCCGUGGCUGAUGGCUACAUCGGCCUGACGAGACUGUCCUAUGAUGAUGUUUUCUUGCACAAGAUGCUGCGUGUAAGCAGCCGCUCCGAGUUGUGGCUAGGCGAGUACGAGCAAGAGGCUGUGCUUGUCAAGAAGAUCAAGAGCAACACUGCUUCAAAAUCGUUGUUACGGGACUUUGUGACCGAGAUUGAGCUCAUGUUUGAGCUUAAGCACCCACGCAUUGCUGCUUUCCGAGGUGCCAUGUGGGACGCCGACGGCACGGAGCUUUGCGCUGUGGUCGAGUACGUUGAGAAGGGUGCUCUGCGAGAUUGUACCGUGAACAAUGCUGUGGAGUUGUCUGUACCGAAGCAGCAUGCCAUUGCUCGACAGAUUGCAGAGGCCAUGGUAUUCUUGCAUUCACGGAAUAUCGUGCACGGUCGAUUGAACGCGUUUAACAUCCUGCUGGACAAGGAAUACUCUGCCAAGCUGAGUAUAUUCAGUAUUUUCCACUACGUCAAGUUGUCACCACUGGACAACGAAUGCCGAAUCUUCGUAGCUCCCGAGGUUUUGCAUGGGGAGCAGCCAACUGAAAGAUCAGAUGUUUACGCGUUUGGCGUCGUUCUCGUGGAAAUUGACACUGGUGAGACGCCUAUGAUGAAUGCUCGGAGGCUGUCAGUCGAGAGAGGGGGAGCCGAAGAAUAUCUCUCGCCGACUGCGAAGAGGACUGGAUUCCGCCUGAGUCGUCUCUGCUCUGGGAUGAUGAAGGAAACGAUCGCUGCGUGCUUGGAAAAAGAUCCGGAACGACGACCAUCGAUGACCGACGUGGCGUUGGCUUUCAGAAAUGGCGCAAGGAAGCUGUAA